ACACUCAAACACCAACAACAAGGCAUCUUUGUCGAUGGUCAUAUACCGUUCUGCCAGUUAACACACUUGAUAUUAUAUCUCUACCGCGGAUGCAGGGUUUCCAAAGGUGAUUCUCCUUCUAUUAAGGCGCUCGCUACUCCGUCGGUGCUGAUUUUUUAAGUAAAGAAGGUGCUUUAUAUUGAUUAGCGAAAAUGUCAGCCAAAUGCUGCAUAUUGUUGUUGUCUGCGUUCUCAGUGGUUCGAGACGUGAAAUCAGCUAACGAUACGGUUCCCGAUCGUCCGGUAAUGGUCAUCGCGGUGCCCCAGAACUCAGUUGUUAACGUAACGUUCGAGCACAGCUCAUCCAUUACCGCCGCUCCAUUUGCCUUUCACAAUGAUCCCAUUAACACCACCGCCAUGCCCUUUCUCAGUAAUACCUCCGUGGGAACUACUGGGAUAUUGAACUCCACAUUGUUUACUUUCGCUCCAAACAAUGUGACCUUUGCUCCGGUAGUGGUUAACUUCACCGGCAACACCAUCACUACUAGUAAACCGGCUGUCGAUGUUGCCAGAGUACCCACUGCGGUUGCCGGGUAUGAGGAUGCGUUUUUGCUGCCGCUGGGAUCGGAAGGUCCGAAUGCAUUCCGCGACGGGCCUAUCAAUGCACAACUGCCGGCCGGGACAAUUCUGGAUCCGGCCGUCACUUCCAUACCGGCGGUGGAGAGUGACCCCAGUAAAGUCUUCAUCUCACGGAACUGGAGGAUCGAAAUCAAAUUCGGGGAUUUCCAGAUGCAGUGUGUUGAUAAUGCAUCGGCAGUUAUCGAUCAACCGCUUGCGAUCUCUGUCAAAUACAUUGUCGGAUCACCACCUCCAGUAAUUGCUCCCAACGAAGAAGCGGUGCUUGCUCAAGGAGAUAUGCCGGUUUCCAGUGUGCCUAUGAAUAAUAAUAAAUCUGCCGGACAAGCCGUGAUCCACCAUAACAUGACCCUUCUGCCAGAAAAUCUUUCAGGAUUCCAGCAGAUUUACAAUGGAACUUACGACAGCACGGCAAAUAAUAAUAAAAUUUCAAUCCAAAAGAUUGUCACUGCAGAACUGUGUGGAAAAACCACAGAUUUCCAGCAAGGAUACAUUGAGGUGUCCAUAAAGCCGACAAUGACUACGUCAGAUCACGGUGCUCCGGAAGGCUACUACAAGUGUUUUGUUAUUGUGAAUUAUACUCCCGCCGCUCGCGAAUCAGAAUCAUUCUGGUCGCUGAAAGAUGACUGUGAAUCGUUUGUCCAAUCAAACCAUUUCAAAUAUAACUUGUGGUUCCAGACCAGACAGUACUUCAUUGACACUGCUGCCUGCCAAGCCCGCCAAGCCCGUCCCAUGCUCAAUGAGCAUCAUUAAGCCCCUGUAAAAUAACCUUGCGGUUUUAUUCCUUCGAUUUCCGGUUCCCAGCGUCAACGCCUAUCUAUACAUCGAAAACAAAUUUUGUGUUUCCAAUGCUGUUCAAUUUCUUAAUCGUUCUCUGCGUUUAUAGCAGAUUUGCAUUACUUAGCAGUAAUGACAGAUAACAAUAUGUUUGCGGACCUCGCUCUUAAAAACGUGUCAAUUUUCACUCGAUCAAUAAUACCUCCGUCGUUGAAAUACAGUUAAUAAUGGUUUGUGAUAAUAUCGAUGCCGCUAAUUUUUAGGUUUAUUUAUUGCCUAAUUUAUACCAUUGUAUAUUAAUUUUACUUAUCAUAAGGUGAAGGUCAAUGGUGAUGUCAGUGUACAUAUGAAUAAUAAGCGAAAUUCUGUAAAAUGGUCGAAAACCAAUGUAUUUUUUGUUUUUAUUCCCGCAACUGCAAAUAAAGAAAUGU